CGAAAAACGCACCCCGCCUGUUUGGAUGCCGAGAAAAUCAGAGGGAAAGUGAGGAGCGAGAGAGAAAACUCUUUACACUGCCUACGAUUCUGGAACUGCUUGUGCUUCAGGAGGUGAGCAAAGGCCUCCUCUCCUUCGAUUCAUAAGUAGGAUGCUUUGCUUGAGGUAUUCGAUUCCAUAUAUUCCUCAGACAACAAAGGAUUCAGCUAAGGUUUUCAAGCGGCCUUACAAUGUCGUGAUCUGUGCAGCGAGAGGUCCACGGCCAAGAUAUCCUCGAGUAUGGAAAACGAGGAAGAGAAUCGGGACUGUCUCCAAGGCGGCAAAGCUCAUUGAUUGUAUAAAAGGAUUGUCAAAUGUGAAAGAAGAAGUUUAUGGGGCACUUGAUUCUUUCAUUGCAUGGGACUUAGAGUUCCCUCUUGUCACUGUCAAGAAGGCACUUCAGACACUUGAAGACCAAAGAGAGUGGAAGAAGAUUAUUCAGGUGACGAAAUGGAUGCUGAGCAAAGGCCAAGGGAGAACGAUGGGAACUUACUUCACGUUACUAAAUGCAUUAGCCGAGGAUGAACGGCUCGAUGAAGCCGAGGAGUUGUGGAACAAAAUCUUCAUGGACCACCUUGAAGGAACUCCACGGAAGUUCUUCAACAAAAUAAUUGCCAUCUAUUACAAGAGAGGGAUGUACCACAAGCUGUUCGAGGUGUUUGCUGACAUGGAGGAGCUUGGAGUGAAACCAAACGUGGCGAUCGUAUCAAUGGUGGGUAGAGUGUUUCAGAAGCUAGAUAUGAUGGACAAAUACGAGAAACUGAUGAAGAAAUAUCCUCCACCGAAGUGGGAAUACAGAUACUUAAAAGGAAAGCGCAUUAGGGUUCGAGCAAAGCGGCCAAACGAACUCAGCGAUGGUGAAGGAGGCGUAAGCGAUGAUGACAGUGCGUCUGAUGACAACUUAACCAGUAAAGCUGAAACAGUGUUGGAAGAGGAAACAGAUGCAGACAAUGAGAAUCACAGCGAGGAAGAAGAAGAAGAAGAAGAAGGAGAAGUUCCUGUUUCAAAUCAAUCAGAGAUUGGAGCUUCUUGAUCAAACGGCUUCUUGAUUUGAGAGCUUCUCUAUGAGCUAUUGAAACGGGGAUCACUGUAUCAGUGCUUAAUGCCACUUUAGUUUCAGACAAGAGAAGGGAUGUCCAAAUUCCGAAGCUCGCAUGUGGUUGGAAGCUUAAGCUCAUUAACGUGAAGACAGAAGAUUCAUCUUCUCUUUCUACCAUCUACAGAUUAAACAUGUAAAAUUAUAACUAGUGGAUCGCUCAAGUAAAAUUCAAGUUCAUUUAUUUUAGCUUUAGAUAAAUUAUAACCAUUCUGA